AUUUUGUUACUUUUUAACGUGGAUGCCCGAAGAAAAAUUCAUUACGAGCUUGUCUCUACUCGAAGAACACUCCUCGAUUGCAAAUUGUAAUAACCCUAAAAAUGACUCAUUUGAACUUCGAGACUCGCAUGCCUCUUGGAACAGCCGUCAUCGAUCAAUUCCUGGGACUUCGCCCGCAUCCCACAAAGAUCCAGGCGACCUAUGUGUGGAUCGAUGGAACUGGGGAGAAUCUGCGCUCAAAGACACGAACAUUCGAUAAACUUCCGAAGAGAAUCGAGGAUUAUCCAAUCUGGAAUUAUGAUGGAAGCUCGACGGGACAGGCAAAGGGACGUGACUCGGAUCGUUACUUGCGUCCAGUCGCCGCUUACCCGGAUCCAUUUUUGGGCGGUGGGAAUAAGUUGGUGAUGUGUGACACGUUGGAUCAUCAAAUGCAGCCAACAGCAACCAGCCAUCGUCAAGCCUGCGCCGAGAUCAUGCAUGAGAUCCGUGACACCCGCCCGUGGUUCGGAAUGGAGCAGGAAUAUCUGAUCGUCGACAGAGAUGAGCACCCACUCGGAUGGCCGAAACACGGAUUCCCGGAUCCACAGGGAAAGUACUACUGUAGCGUAGGAGCUGAUCGUGCGUUCGGGAGAGAAGUCGUCGAGACACAUUACCGGGCUUGUCUUCACGCCGGACUCAACAUUUUUGGAACAAAUGCCGAAGUGACUCCAGGACAAUGGGAAUUCCAAAUUGGAACCUGCGAAGGAAUCGAUAUGGGAGAUCAGUUGUGGAUGUCGAGAUACAUUCUGCACAGAGUUGCUGAACAAUUCGGUGUCUGCGUAUCCCUUGAUCCCAAACCAAAGGUCACCAUGGGAGACUGGAACGGAGCCGGAUGCCACACCAACUUCUCGACUGCCGAAAUGCGUGCUCCAGGUGGAAUUGCUGCGAUUGAAGCCGCCAUGACAGGACUCAAGCGGACACAUUUGGAGGCGAUGAAGGUGUACGAUCCACAUGGUGGAGAAGACAAUCUUCGUCGUUUGACAGGACGUCAUGAGACAAGUUCGGCUGACAAAUUCUCAUGGGGAGUCGCCAAUCGUGGAUGCUCAAUCCGUAUUCCGAGACAGGUGGCUGCGGAGAGAAAAGGAUAUCUGGAGGAUCGUCGUCCGUCAUCAAACUGCGAUCCUUAUCAAGUGACUGCGAUGAUUGCACAGAGCAUUCUCUUCUAGAAUCAUGUCGGUUAAGAUAUCCAGAACAAAGAAAUACACCUAUUUGAAUUGAACGGAAUAAAAUAUUCAUGAG